AGGUUCAUAGCGCUCUGAAGACGCGGUCUGCACCCAGUCCCCUUUCAGUUUUCGAGCUUGUUUGAUUUCGAAGAGUUGUCUAGGGUUUGGUUUUCCAUUUCUUAUUGUCAUUCGACUUCAACGGAUAUUGUUCCUAGUUACUCUUAUUCAUUGAUAGAUUUUCAAAAACGACGAGAAACUACGAAAAAUUGAAUCAUAUUAUUAUAUGGAUUACCGCUGAUGUGAGAAAGGUCGUCCUACUCUUAUUAAUAGAUUUCUGCCGCGCAAAAGGUUUGGAAAAAGCAAGUGCUGAGUACACAACAUUGAUUCAACCCUCGUCUCAAACAUUUUCUUUUCAUUCUUCAUCUAUCGUUCUUCAAUCAUCAUUUGUACAAAUUAUAAGCAGAUCUUCAUCUACAAUCUACUUGAAUAAUACGGCGGCCUAAAAUCGUACUCCGUGUACAAGAGCACGCAUACAGUCUUCCUUUUUUUCCACCCAAGACCAUCAAAAUGGAUUUAUCAAGUUUCAACCCGUUCAGCGACCCUGAGGAGGACGACGGCUUCCUACUAUCCGGGUUUGGCGGUGGAGGGCAGUUGGCAAAGAGAUUGAAGCAGGCGACGUACACGACUUAAGGCUAAUACCACAUCGCCCGAAGAGAAAUUAAGUACACUUUUGAAGAAGAAGAAUAAGAUGGAUCCAUAUCUUAUCCUUCUCUUUGCAAAACACAAUGGGAGAAUUCACAAAAGUAGGAUAGAAGAAAGUAAUUAUUCUGAUAUUCAUUUUUUUGCAUGAAGCAAGCAUAGUUUCUUCUUAUUCUGAUAUUCAUUUUUUUUGCAUGAAGCGAGCAUAUUUCUUACCUCUAACCUCCCACCGAAACGUAUGACUGCGUAACGCCAGACCAUGAGGAUCAUACGUUCUGCGGUAUCAUGUUCGACCUUUUUUGUCGUGGUGGAAGCGACGACGCGCAGACAAAAAACUUGCCUAUUGAAUAUCUAGAAGUGAAAUCAAUUGGGGUACGUGGGACACUUGGGAAGAUUCAAAUCUUCGUGACGAAGCCAAAAGAGGUGAAUCCUGCUGAAGAGCAGGCAUGUGGUGAUGGCGCUGUCACAAGUUCAGCCGCUCCUCGUGCAUCCUCUUCAAGUUCAUCAUCGAGACCACGACUCGGAGUUGGCCCAUCAACCUCUGCUGAUCCUUUUUCUUUCGCAGGUGCUGUAGCUCUUGGUGAUGGAGGUAGAAAUUCAUCUGCGGCUCUAGCCUCAACUGCAACAACCAAGUCCCUGUAUUCCUCUUUCCGCGAUAAACAUGAUUAUGGCUCAUCUGGAUCUGGAUAUCAAGCUGCCCUCUUCAAGUUCAAUAAAGCCACCUGCAUCUUCCCUACGUCUCUUCCUACAACCUCUAACACUCACGCCCUUGGCUAUGGGAACGCGUGCACCUCGGGACGCAUCCUCCCAGUGUCGAUAGCUUCUUAUUGGUCGAUCUCUACGACCCUAGUACGCUUCCUAUACCGUCCAAGAUCUCAGUUGCCGCUACUAUGAACAACCGCGCACGAGUCCUGAAUCAUAUCUUGAAUAAUUUCAUCAGACAGGGUGGCCCACCUGUGGAAUUGGAAGACGAUUCGGAUGAUGAUGAUUUUGCGCCAAGAAGGAGGGGUGAGGAAGGAGAAACGAGUUACUUAUGGAACAGGCGUGGUCAUGAUGAAUACUGAAAUAUAUUGAUAAUUCUGUAAAAAAAUGACACCAUUCAGACUCUGUCUCUACGCAAAAAAAAAAACUCUACGGGUGCUAUGAACAGUACUAUCAGGGGCAUACACAUGACAUCACGUUAACGCCAUUCUGUAGCUUCAUCCUGUACUAGUACUUGGUAGCAAAUUAAGAUUAUGUAGAGCUUAGGCUUACUGCUUAGUAAAAAGUAAGCAUCUUUCUACUUCCACAUUGUUCAUGAUCGAUCCCAAAAGUUUUUUUCCUUUAAAAGCACCUUGAGCCCAUCUCACCUGAACAUCUCUAAUCCCCGUAGGCCACACGAACGGCCCUCCAUCUGCGGCGAUGUUCAAAUUGGUCGAGCAUGAGGAGCUUCUGCGAAUGCAGGAGACUAGAGCAAUAGGGCGCCGCUAUCUGAGCAGAACUCAUACACUGGAUGCGAACAUUAUGAACAUCCUUAUUCAUAGACAAAUGCACGAGAGUACUCCUCUCGUCACCAUCAAGGAAUAAUUGCUCCUACGAGUUGUAUAUUGAAUUCAAUUUCAUGUGUCUAUUCGAAAACUCAAAAUAACCGAGUUACUGACUGAAAUAAGGAAGGCACUAGCUUAUAACAUCAAGGCUACUCUUCCCUUUCAUCAGUAUCUCGCUUAUUCUGAUCAGUUACUUGCUUAUUUCAGUUUUUCGAGUACGAUCUUCGUUAACCACUGCUUUUUCCAUUGUUCCCCUUCCCCCUUUCAUAUCUGCUUUUUCCAUUGUUCCCCUUCCCCCUUUCAUAUCUGCUUUUUCCAUUGUUCCCCUUCCCCCUUUCAUAUCUGCUUUUUCCAUUGUUCCCCUUCCCCCUUUCAUAUCUGCUUUUUCCAUUGUUCCCCUUCCCCCUUUCAUAUCCACGCCUUCACCGACCCUUCCGAUACCCUUUACACGAGGAAGGGAUCGGGAGGCUGUUGAAGAUUUUCAACUCGACGCCGAUGACAGCGAAGAUAACAACAACAUCGGUAGUUCUUCGUGCGCAGCGUCGAGUGGGACUGGGUCUGGGAGGGUCGUGGAAGGAGAAGGAACAAGUACAAGAGCGGCAGGGGUAGGCGUAGAAGAACAAGGAGCUUCUCCUGCGUCUUCUUCAUCGCAUCGUCCGAGUCAGAUAGGGCAGAACCUUCAAGCUGGUGCUAAAUCCUCAUCUUCGCAAAUCUGGAUGAAGGAAGAAGGCAAUGAAGCCAAAGACGAUUUCGAGACCCUCGAAAAAAAUUGGGAAGAGAUGCGACAAAAAGGUAGGGAACAACGCCGCACUAAGAGACUAGAGGAAGAGCGCAGACUGAAAGAGCAAGAGGCGCACGACCGCGAACAGAAACGACAAGAACAAAGAGAAGCACGAGAGCAGUUGAGAGACGAAUUGGGCUUGAAACAAUUUCCGCAAAAGAAGCCUCUCAUUAAGGGUUGAAACAUUUCAUUUCUACGUACUUUUCUUCCUUAACAUAGCUAUCCAAAAAUGAAAUGGUUGAACCUUUAAUCUUAGGUUGUAUCCCGGAGAAACCAGAGGCAUCUACGUUCACAGCAGUGGACCAGCACCAGACAUCGAUGCGGCGCAAGGAAUGAAUCGAUUUCGACCACAUUGGGCUUGGAAUGGACGCGUUGGGGGAACGCCUGAUAGUACUUAUACAUAGAAGUCUACUGAUUCUUCAUCAUCAUCUGAAAAGUAGUCUAUGUGGUCACAUUCACACGUUAAUUUUUCCUCCACCUUUCCACCAAUACCCCCAUUACACGAUCUCAAUCUCGUCUACACACUCAACUCACCUCUUGCAACAGGUAUCGUCUACAACAACCAGCGCAGUCGUGGCAUCACUAUGGAGAACGAGCACGUCCGUGUUUUACCUGGCAUAGCGCAUACAGCAGAUGAGGCCUUCAGCCAGAACGGAUAUUGGGG